AUGCAGAUGCCAGAUAUGCCCAUCAAUGUCGAAGUCGACCCAAAUGAAGACACAGAAUGGAACGACAUCUUGCGCAGUAAAGGCAUCAUCCCGGAGAAGCCACCUUCGCCCACGCCUAUGAUUGAGGAGGCUCUCACAGAAGCGCGCCGACUUGCACACGAGAACCGGCUGGAAGGGAAAGAACUGGACGAACUAGCGGAGCUGGAAGACGAGGAAGACGAAGACUUUCUGGAAAGCUACAGGCAGAAGCGCAUGAACGAGCUAUCCGCCAUCACCUCGGCCUCAGUAUACAACCAAGUCUACCACCUUCAGAAACCCGACUACAGCCGCGACGUGACGGAAGCAUCGCAAAAAUCCCACAUCUUCGUCCUCCUGACCUCCAGCACGGGCACAAACACCGAGUCGCGCGUCGCAAUGGAGUCGUGGACGCUGCUGGCGCAGAAAUUCGGCGACGUCAAGUUCUGCCAGAUGCGCGCCGACCUGUGCAUAGAAGGAUAUCCAGACAAAAACACGCCGACAGUGCUGGUGUACAAAGACGGCGACAUCAAAAAGCAGAUCGUGACGCUGCGCGAGCUCAACGGCCCGCGGACAAAAGCCGAGGACUGGGAGAAAGUGCUGGUGGAUCUGGGCGCUGUUAAGAUCGGAGAUGGCAGACUGAGCAGGAGACCGGGGCAGGACGACGACGAGGAGAAGACGACGGGGAUACGGCAGGGCAAGACCAUGGCGCAGGCGAACGACGACGAUAGCGAUUGGGAGUGA